AAGGGAGGUUAAUAGCUAGCUACAUCGGGUUAGCAUUCAGUUGUGCCCAUUUUUUAAAAUCGUGCACCAUAUCGUUUCACUUUCUCGCGACAAAGGCCAGUGUCCGCUUUGGGUGUCAGCAAGAUUUCAAUAAGAUGACAAGAUAAUACUUGAAAAUCCUAGCUAGCUGGCUAGCUAACUUUGUCUCCGGAUGCCAAACAUCUAAGACAGGCCCUGGCAGUUAGCUAGCUCGCGAAGGUGUGGUAAGCUCUUGUGGAAGAUGAAUGCUGUCCGAGGUAGCUAACGUAAGUUAGCUAACGCGCUUGCUGUCAACCUUUAUCAGACCAAAGCAACAUUUGUCUUGCCUUGGCCGUGAAAGACGGGGUCGUCACACAAAGAUUUGCAUGCACACAGAAAAAGACAGAUGUCGCUGGUUGGUUCGCUGCCAGUUAAGUUCGCCGAUGAGCUGUUACGAUUUCAGCAGCUAGCCGGCUGGUUGGCUAGACUAUCCAUGAAUGACAGUAGGAGGGCGUCUUUGAGUUGUUGACAGGUUUCAGUAAACAUGGCACUGCACUGGAGAACCUUGUCUGUGGUGCUCCUCCUGUCUCAAGCCUUGACCUUUCUGCAUACCCUAGAUGAAGAUAGAAUCCCAGAGGAAUGGGUCCUUCUCCAUGUGGUGCAAGGGCACAUUGGGGCUGGGAACUACAGCUACCUGAGGUUGAACCAUGAUGGCAACAUCAUCCUACACAUGCAGAGCCUCAAAGGGGAUGCAGAUCUCUAUGUCUCUGACAAAACCCUGCGCCCCAGCUUUGACACAUACAAGCUGCAGUCAGUCACAUGUGGCCAGGAUGUGGUAGUAGUGCCAGUGGACUUCAUGCGUCCUGUGGGCAUUGGGAUCUAUGGGCACCCAUCUCACCAAGAAAGCGAGUUUGAAAUGAAGGUGUUCUAUGAUCAGACAGUCCCCGAGGACCCUUUUGAUAAGAGUGUGUACUUCUCUGAAGAGGGGGACAAACAGAAGAGGCAUCCUCAUGUGUCUGAGGAAGAAUUUCAGGAAGAGGAGUCUGUCUUAUGGACCAUUCUGAUUGGGAUUUUGAAGAUAGUGCUUGAAAUUUUGUUUUGAGAACUUUCUCUUGACAUCUAGUGGCCCUGUAAGCUGCGGCCUCAGUCAAACUGAAUUGUGCACCGUGACCUUGACAUUGAGUCAGAAAUGCAAGGACCAAAUACAGACAAAAGAACAUUUUUGGAAUUAAAUGUUACGAUGGAAUGAAAUGAGAAGAUAUUUUGAGAACUGAAUGACAGAUAGGACAUUUGAGAAUCGGCAACUGAAUAUGCCUGGGUCCUCUCCUCUCACACAUUAAGCAACCAUGCUAUUCAAAAUAGCCUAAAAAGCUACUAUGGCCUGCCUUUCUCAAUCAACUACCCACUCUGUUUUAUUACUACCUACCAGUGGUCUUAGUACUGUAUAUUCAGUUGUCAUGCUGUAUGUCUAAACCACACCCCAAGGUCUGUACUAUGCAAAAAUAUUAUCACUAAAGAGGGGGGAGACAUGUUUCAGUGCCUUUGAUCAAUUUAUUUAAAGUGAAUGUGUUUUUUACCAUCACAUACAAAUGGUUAUUUAAAGGUGUCUAGAAAACACAGAAGUUUUAACGUACAGGAUUCCAGCGUAACAUGAGGAUGUGGCCUGUGAGAUUAUCAUAGAGAAUCACCUUGUCCUCAAACGUUAGCCAGGUUUACAGCAACAUUACUGAGGCUUCUAGAUAUUGUUUGAAGCCAUUAAAGUUCCAAAUGCUUAGCCUGUCAUAUUACAUACAUCAUAGGAAUAUAAGGUUUGAGACUGACCAGUGAUGCUGUGAUAUGCACUGAGGCCACUGUCCUCUUUAUUUAGUAAAUGAAGGCCAUGUAUUUUUAAAAGCUUAAAAGCUUUCUGCACUAUUCAUUAAUGCCACAGGUGACCUGCUAACAAAGAAUUCUGUGUUCAUACAAGAAUGGUUGACAAAAGCAUGUGCUGAGAAUGGUGCCAACCCUGAGGGUGGGAGAAGUAAUUUUUUCCCAAAGUGGACUUCACCAGCCCCCACCACCACCAUCAUAUAAUCCCAUAGUCUGGAAGAGUGAAGGGUUUGUCUACUAGCCCAACAGGUCACAGCCACCUCUACGAGCCUUCACUGAUCUAUGGAUGCACUGCCAGUAUAAGUCUGCUUCUGCCUCCACUGAUUCACUUCCAUAACAAAACUCAGUAGCCUUUAAGGCUCUACUGGGCUGUCAUCAUAUGAACCACUUAUCCAUAGACAUUGAUUAUUAAAGUAAGGGUGCAGCAGUUCUCUUUUAUGAAGCCUGAAAUUUAUAAUUAAUUUGAAGUUUAUUUCUAUC